AGAGGAAGAUAGGACAACACGCUACAUCGGAGCAGCGCGCAUCGCGCAGGGUUGCGCACAGAGAAGACGUAGCUGCGACACUGGCGAGGCGAAGACGCGUCUACAGCCGAGAGGAUGCAGUGAAUUGGGAGCCUCAAAAUCCCAGCUAAUUUACAGCCGGGCACCAGAUUAGCUAUAAAAACAAACAUAUCGACGAAAUGAGCGCGAUCAAGGCCGGGCACGACGGCAGCAGAGGUGGCCACACCGACAACGGCGGCGGCUCCCCGAGGCUCCAGCAGUGCGCUCAGCCUCCCAACAGCAGCAGCAGCCGGACCAAAGAUGCCAGAUACCAGCAGCAGCUCCAGCAGAGGCAUCAUGGAGGGUCGAUGCUGAAACAGCCAUCACUCAACGAGCCGGGCGACGUCGUGAGGCGCGCGCUGGACUUCAAGUGCCAAGGCACGCAGUGCUACAAGGAUAAGAAGUACCGAGAGGCGAUCGGCAAGUAUCACCGCGCUCUGCUGGAGAUUAAGGGGCUGUGCAGGGUGCUGGGGGAUCCGGACACCGGCUCCAAGCCCCCGUCCCCCCUCCUGCCGACCAUCAGCAAGUCCAGCACGCUGACAGAUGAGCAGAAGGGGGCCAUGGAGAACGCAGAGCUGGAGUGUUACAACAGCUUGGCGGCCUGCCUGCUGCAGAUGGAGCUGGUGAACUAUGAGCGGGUGAAGGAAUACUGUUUGAAGGUGCUUUACAAGGAAGGCAAGAACUUCAAAGCUCUGUACCGAUCUGGUGUGGCCUAUUACCACCUGGGAGACUUCCAGAAGGCCCUGUACUACCUGAAGGAGUCCCACAAACAGGAGCCAUCCGACACCAAUGCCAUCCGCUACAUCCAGCUGACAGAGAUGAAGAUUCGCAGGAACGCCCAGAGGGAAAAGAAAGAGGCUCUGGAUGUCUGAUGACUCCGACAGAAACCCGACUGUGUGCCACCCGGACCCCCGGACCUCACGCGAGUCAGAGGUCUCGUGUGGAAACAUAUUCGUUUGCUUUCGCCUUGCACAGCAUCCAGCUGCCAGUUAUGUGAUUGAAUCUCAUCGUUGUGUGCUUGAAGCAUUUUAAUUUCUUUGAGUUUUAUGAGUCUCAAAACCUCCAAAUUGAUCAAGUAUGAAGUCUUUUCUAACAAACUGAUGCACUGCCAGUCCAAACAUGGCACUACAGGCCGACACUUGUGAUGGAGACGUGAGAGGGAGUGGAACUGUAAACUAGCACAAGAUCAACCACCUGCACCACCACACUUUGAUUUUAAAAAAGUACAACAAAAGUAAAAAGUACAAGGACAUGAAGAGCACAUGGUGCUAACUGCAGAAUAAACUUAAGAGACAUAUCACUAAAUGUAAAUAAGCUACUUUAUAUAAAUCACGAAAAUAUAACGGAGACAAGCUACUUGUGUUUAUUGAUGCCAAAACAAAGCACUUCAUCCACAGCAUCCACUGUAUCAGCACUUACUGUAUGUUUACUGUGAAGGUGUGUGUGUGUGUGUGUGUGUGUAAUAAACGUGUCUAUUGAUUGAA